AUGCUACUCUUGCUACUCGUCUCACUCAGCGUCAUCGUUGGUCCUUCUUUUCAACUGCCGUCCUCUGCACAGUGGAAUUCUCUAAACACCACCGUCCAAGGACGCCUUCUCCGAGGAAUACCUUUUGCACGCCCUUGUUAUGAGCUCGUCAGUGAUGUGGAAGGACAAGCGGACGCUCAAGAAUGUUCUUCUAUCAUCCAGGGAUAUUCAAGUACCGCAUUGAGGGCCAACAAUUUCGGGGCCUACAUGAAUACGCAAUGGGAGACAUGCCAAGUGAAUUCUAGCCAAUGUCUCUUGAACUCCGCUUCACCUAGCGACACCGGCGCUUUUAUGCCACCCCGCGUCUGUCAUCAAGGGAGUGUACCAGAUUAUGGAAUCGAUGUUCGUUCCGCGGAAGACGCGAUCACUGGUUUUAAUUUUUCUAGGGCUCACGGUGUUCGCCUUGUCAUAAAGAAUACGGGGCACGACUUCAUGGGUCGUAGCAGCGCGCCUGGCGCUCUUGCACUAUGGGUAAAUAUGGAUAUGCACAACCUUCAAUCUAUUACAUCGGAAGGCGAAUUUGUUCCUGCAGGCUGCACUGCAGCGAAACAGACACAAAAAGUCCCGGCAGUGACUUACGGUGCCGGCGUAUCAUUUCAAGCAUUAAUUGAUUUUGCCGAGGCCAACAACUUCACAAUACCGACCGCAGGAGACGCAUCGGUGGCAGGUGGAGGCGGAUACGUUCAGGGUGGAGGUCAUAGCGUCCUUUCAAACUCAUUGGGACUUGCCGUGGACCGAGCUCCCCCCCACCAGCUUCAAUUCGAAGUCGUAACACCAACUGGGAAGCACGUAAAUGCCUCUGAAUGUCACUACUCCGAUCUUUUCUUUGCCUUACGAGGAGGCGGAGGGGGCACGUUCGGUGCUGUCCUGAGUGUCACAACCUUGGCGCUCCCGAAGAUGUCAAUCAAUGCCGUCCAAGUUGAUAUCAAAUCUAACCGAGACGACCAACGGCGGUUGAUUCACUUCAUGGCGGCACAUGCCCUUCAGUUUGCACAGGCAGGAUGGGGCGGUUUUACAUUGCCACUCACUGUGGUCAUAUUUGCUAACCCUGUAUUGAAUGCUACGCGGGCGAACGAAACGAUAGAACCACUGCGUAAGUUCACCCAGGAGCUUGGAGGAAAUUUCACCUUCGUCGUCGAGCCUUCUUAUAAAUCGUUCUUUGAUAAUUUUGGAGCGAAUGUGCCUGUCGGGACUCAGCUUGCGGUUUCUUCACGUCUCAUCCCUGUCGGGAAUUUCAAAACACCUCAGGCAAUUGAAACCUUGGCCAAUGCGAUUGAUGAAACCUUAGAUCAAGUCUCCCUCCCUAUUUUAUUUGCUUCGACCCCUUUUCUCUACGGAAUCAAAGGGAGGACGAGUGUGACCCCUAAAUGGAGAUCGUCUUUAUGGCAUGUCGCAUUCACGGAGGGCUGGUCUUUCAACACCUCUGUGUCAGACGCCGCAACGAUGUACAAGAGACUUAGCACUGCCGCAAAUACAUUGAGGAAUAUAACAGCCGGAUCGGGAGCCUACCUGAACGAGGCUGAUAUCUAUGAGCCCGACUUCGAAGACUCUUUCUGGGGCGACAACUAUAAUGAACUAGUUGCAAUAAAGAACAAAUAG